GAUUAUUGUCAUAUAUUAAUAGAUCGACCUUCUCUCCAAGGAACCACAUUUCUUCAGUUUACGAAUUUUUCUACAGGCGAAGCUGGGUGGAAUAUUCAUGGUGAAUGCACUGAAGUUGAAAGCCAUAUUGCGAUUUCAGGUCAGUAG